CGCCCGGCGCGGCCCUCCCACCGCGCCCCGGGGCCGCCGCGCCAACGCCGAGGUUGCGCCCCGGGAGUUCGCGCGGCCCCCGGCCUGGUGGCUCGGUCCCCGCGGGCGAGGCGGCCGUGCGCGCGCGCGCCUGGGGCAGCGGCCCGCGAGCGCUCGGGCUGCGGGACGCGGAGCGGGGUGGCGCGGGCUGGGGCCGGGGCAGCCGCCUCCCGAAGAUGCAGGAUGGCAGCGGAGCCGCCGUCCAGCCUCUCGUACCGCACCACGGGCUCCACCUGCCUGCACCCGCUCAGCGAGCUCCUGGGCAUCCCGCUGGACCAGGUGAAUUUUGUAGCAUGUCAGCUCUUUGCCUUGUUCGCUGCUUUCUGGUUCCGCAUCUACUUAAGUCCUGGUAAAACCAGUCCCGAUGUCCGGCACGCAUUUGCCACCAUUUUUGGCAUCUAUUUUGUCAUCUUUUGUUUUGGCUGGUACUCUGUGCAUCUUUUUGUGCUGGUGUUAAUGUGCUACGGGAUCAUGGUCACGGCAAGCGUAUCCAGUAUUCACAGAUACUCCUUCUUUGUAGCAAUGGGAUACCUUACAAUAUGCCACAUCAGCCGGAUAUACAUCUUCCACUAUGGAAUUCUCACUACAGACUUUUCUGGGCCUCUGAUGAUUGUCACACAGAAGAUCACGACCUUGGCAUUCCAAGUUCAUGAUGGAUUAGGUCGAAGAGCUGAAGACCUCUCUGCUGAGCAACAUCGACUUGCUGUGAAGGUAAAGCCCUCCUUUUUGCAAUACUUAAGCUAUCUUCUCAACUUCAUGAGUGUCAUAGCUGGCCCUUGCAACAAUUUCAAGGAUUACAUAGCCUUUAUUGAGGGGAGACAUACGCACAUGAAGUUGCUGGAAGUGAACUGGAAGCAGAGAGGUUUCCAGAGCCUGCCAGAGCCUUCUCCCACUGGAGCUGUGAUCCGCAAGUUGUACAUGACCUUGGUGUCUCUCCUUCUGUUUUUGACACUCACGAAGACCUUCCCUGUCACCUGCCUGGUUGAUGACUGGUUUGUUCAUAAAGCGAACUUUCUGACUCGACUGUGCUACUUGUAUAUCGUCAUGCAAGCCUCGAAGCCCAAGUAUUACUUUGCCUGGACGUUAGCUGAUGCAGUGAAUAAUGCAGCGGGCUUUGGGUUCAGCGGAGUGGAUAAGAAUGGAAAUUUCUGUUGGGAUCUGCUUUCUAACCUAAACAUCUGGAAAAUUGAGACUGCCACAAGUUUCAAAAUGUACUUAGAAAACUGGAAUAUUCAGACAGCUACUUGGCUAAAGCGAGUGUGCUAUGAGCGGGUUCCCUGGUACCCCACGGUGCUAACCUUUGUCCUGUCUGCCUUGUGGCAUGGUGUCUACCCUGGAUACUAUUUUACCUUCUUAACUGGAACCCUUGUCACAGUAGCAGCCAGAACGAUGAGGAGCAACUACAGACAUUACUUCCUUUCCUCGAAAGCCCUCAAGGUUGCAUAUGAUGUGGUCACCUGGGCGGUCACUCAGCUGGCCGUGUCCUACACCGUUGCUCCCUUUGUUAUGUUAGCAGUUGAACCAACCAUCAGCUUAUACAAGUCCAUGUACUUUUAUUUACACAUCAUAAGUCUUCUGAUAAUACUAUUUCUGCCAGUCAAACCCCAUGCUCAUAUUCAGAGGCAGCCUCAGACUCUGAACUCCAUUAAUAAGAAGAAAAAAGAUUGAUACCUCCAAGAAAAAGCUGAGCUUGUAAAACUGCAAAACAUCGGAAAGUUGAGACCAAAAGGCUCAAGGGUUCUCCAGUGACUUAGAAGCAAUGUUUACGUGCAUUUUUUUUUAAGUGCAGGGAGAAUUUUUAUCAAGCCUUUUUAAGUCAGCCAUGUCCAGUUGAUUUAAUAUUUCCUAGGACAUUUGAGUGGUGUGGAGGUAUGUGCAGAAUGUGCCAGAGACCGUGCAGUCUGGGCUGCUGGGUCUUUGCUUCUCUGGCACCAUUUCCAGCCACGGGAGCCCAUACAUCUGCUCCGGAAGGCAGAAGGUGGUUGCUGACAGAGCUGAUCUUCCAGAAUAUACCCAGGUAUGGUUGUUCCUUGGGAAGCCCCAGACCCUUUGACCACAGUGACGACACUCAGAAGACCACGGAGGAGAAGGAGCCGGCACGAAAGAACCAGGAGGACUUGCCGUGAACACUUGGGUGGAUGGAAAGUCAGGCAUGCCCUAAAGUAGGCUGCAUUUUUUUCCCCAAGAGAUAGAACUCUUCCCUUUUUUCCUUCUGAACUGAGCCAAGAUUGGAAAUCCGUCUCCUGUACUCCAGGAGUCUUGGAAGGGCUACUCUUUUCCAUUUCACACACGCCAUCUGUUUGCCCAGGGAUGGCCCUGAGAAAACACCCAAAUGUUUGCUCCAUCAAAGGCAGAAUAAAUAAGGCUUCUAAAUAAGUAAUUUGUUUUAAACAAGUAAAGUUCCAUAGAAGCAGCAUUUUUCUCUUUGCUCACCUCAUUUCGUGGAGGUGUUCAUGAUCUUGGUUAUGAUACACACACCAGCUGAUUUUCACUUUUCUGGUUUUGCGGUUGAUUAAAUUUGACGAUUUUAGUUGAAUCAUCGUAUCGGAGAGCAGAAAUGGAGGACCGUUUUCUAUCCUUGUUAUGAAUGUGCUGUGGUUCCUUUCGGGGACUUCUAUUGGAUAAUAUUCUAUGUGGGAGAAAGAAACAUGGUAUUAAAUGUGCAAAAUGAUGAAACUGAUAAUAAUAAAUUAUAUGUUACAACAGUGUA